UUUCAACUUUCACACUCAGUUCAUUCUUGUGUUAGACUAGGUUAAACUCAAUAACAACCUCAAGAAAAUGCCUGAAGAACACGACCGUGCAUCCCAUCGGGAGGACCGCCAUAGGUCGUCAAAACAUGAGGAAAGAGAUGGACAUAGAGAAAGAGAGCACAGAGACCGCGGCGACAGAUCUGACCGGUACGGGGGUCGAAGAGGUGACGAUAGACGAGACGGGAGAGGAGACCGCGACCGGGAGCGUUACUCUCGUGGCCCUAGAGAAUUUGAUGAACGGAGGCCUCGGGACGACGACCGACGGCGCGGUCGUGAAGACGACGGUUACGGUCCUCCAAGGGACAGAGGAGACAGAGGAGAACGCCGGGGUCGUGGAGGUGGAGGCGGCGGUGAAGGACGUGGUGGUGGUGGCGGAGGCGGAGGCGGAGGAAGAAGGGAAGCUACUCCUCCCGAGAGAAGGUCUCCUACUCCAGAGGGCGCUGUACCUUUGACUCAGCGCAGGCGCAAAGCUUCUGGUUGGGAUGUUCAUGCUCCAGGUUAUGAACAAUAUUCUGCCAUGCAAGCUAAACAAACAGGUCUCUUCAACCUCCCCGGUGCCAAUCGAACUCAGAUUCCUCCUAUUCUGGGUAUCGCUGGGCUUCCUCCGCCCAUGCCAGUGCAGACUUUCGGCAUGGGUAUUGGUGCCAACCCCAACCUGUCUCGUCAAUCUCGAAGGCUUUACAUUGGUAGCAUAACCCCCGAAGUCAAUGAGCAAAAUCUUGCCGAAUUCUUUAAUCAGAAAAUGGCAGAAAUGAACAUUGGGACCAGUACCCCCGGUCCCCCUGUUCUUGCGGUACAGUGCAAUUAUGAGAAAAACUAUGCUUUCGUCGAGUUCCGUAGUGCCGAGGAUGCUACGUCUGCCAUGGCCUUUGAUGGAAUUAUCUUCAUAAAUGGACCGCUCAAAAUUCGUCGACCCAAGGACUACGGCGGUGUUGAAAUUCCUGCCGCCGCUCCUGUGGUUCACGUUCCUGGGGUCGUUUCUACUAACGUCCCCGACUCGAUCAACAAAGUAUUCGUAGGCGGUCUUCCUACAUACCUCAAUGAGGAGAAUGUCAUGGAGCUUCUCAAGAGUUUCGGAGAGUUGAAGGCUUUCAAUCUAGUUAGGGAGAAUGGAAAUGGACUUUCAAAGGGCUUCGCAUUCUUCGAAUAUGUUGACGCGAGCGUAACGGAUACUGCGAUUCAAGCCUUAAACGGUAUGGAACUUGGUGACCGCUAUCUCGUCGUGCAACGUGCAUCGGUCGGAGCGAAGCCUGACACGCCAGGCAUGAUUCCUAACUUGCCUUACGACCAAUUUCCCGAAAUCCCUCGACCUAUCAUGCCUGCUGGUGAAUCCACCGGCAGCGACGCACGUAUACUUCUCAUGCUCAACAUGGUAACACCCGAAGACCUCAUUGAUGACGAAGAAUACGGAGACCUAUUCGACGAUAUCAAGGAAGAAUGCUCGAACUUUGGUGCCGUGGAGGAUCUACGAAUUCCUCGACCGGUCAAGAAGGACAAGACCAAGUGGACUCCAGGGGAAGGGCUUGAUCCGCAGGCUAUUGCUCGCAUCGACGAGGCAGCGGGUGUUGGUCGUGUCUAUGUGAAGUAUGUUGAUAGUCACAGUGCCUCGGCUGCUUUGAAGAGUCUUGCCGGACGUUCCUUUGCUGGGAGGUCGAUUAUUGCUACGCUUCUAAGCGAGGAAAGUCAAACCACUCCUCCGUUGAACCUUAUCUUUGCGCCUCAGCCAGACGCUCCUCCCCCACUACCUGCCGACUCGUGAGUGUGUUGGGGGUUUUAUGUUAGGAUCAUGGUUAUUGUUUGAAUGUUACUCGUUAUACGUAUGUAUGUAUGAUGUGUACUCGAGUUGUCGUUUCGUUGCUACAUGAUAUUAUGUCGUCUGAAUUUUUGACAUGAAUCCCAGGUGAAUCUUAGGAUCUUAGAGUGUCGUUUGCCAUGGCCCACAGGAGCCCCGACACCCCAAAUCGCUAUAAACUGGUGAUCAAGCUUAUCUACCCUUGCGGGUUUAGAAGAUCUUCCCCGACCUUCCCCGACCUUCCCCGACGUCAAUCAUUUGCCAUAUUCGAAGCACGGAGGUGGUCGAGGAAGGUGUUCAGUUCUCGAGUGCGCGUGAAGUAAUGAAGCUGUUGCUAUUGGCUUCGAGAGGGUGUGCGCUUGACUGAAGGCUAGGGGCAAUGCCUGGCAAACGCAUGCCCUUCGCUGCUAUAUUUCAUUGUACUUAUACUACAUACUACAG